CCUUCCCUGAACAAUCCAAUGUAUCCUGGAGACUAUGGAAUCCUGUGAUGUCACCUGUGUUGUAGCAACACCAACUGCCUUUGGAGAGCCCUUCAGUGCCCUUGAGGAUGAACGUGUUGGAGAGCCUGGGGAAUCUCCUUAGGAGACAGUAUGGAGAGGGCAAAGAUGCAAGGGAGAGGCAGAAGAAGGCUGACCUUCCACAUCACUUUAAAGGAUCAAGAAAGAAAUGGUUCAAAAGGAAGAACAGGGCUGCUGUAGAACCAUCAACUACCUCCUCCCUAGUCACUAAGAAAGAGAUGAAUGAGAAGAUGGAGGGUAUGAGUAAACAGCUGGAUCAAUUGGCCAUGGAAACCAAGGAGCUUAGGGAUUGCAUCAUCUCCAUCACUGAAGGAUGCCCUGAUGACAGGUCCAUGCACUAUCAUCGGCCAAAACCUUUCUAUGAAAAUCUCCAGAUGGAGCAUAAGCAGGUGAUGGAUGACCUACAGAGAUUGCAAAAUGAGAACAAGGAAGCCUUGGAAAGAUUCCAUGAGAUCACCGAGGAAUCAUUCUUCUAUUGGUAAGUGCCUCUUUUGCAGAGGAACAUA